AAUUCGUAAACUUCUGUUGAAAUUGAAUGGAUGAUGAGAGUAUGUAUCACGUGACUGUGGUUGGGCUCGCGUUGUGGCAUCGGUUAUUGUGUGUUCCACUCGAACCACGCGCAGACCAGGCAACUUAUCUCUUCGUUUCAUCUCAACACCAUCUCUCAAUGUUUUCCGUGCCAGGCCGUGAGGUCCUGCAGGCAAUGAAACGAGUCGACAUCCAGAAGUUGUGCAAAGAAUACGGCGUAAAGGCGAAUCUCAAGACUGAGGCUCUGAUAGACCUUUUGGUUGAUGCAUCUCAACCCCAACCCUCCCGGAGCACUCCCGCGCAGCUGCCUCCGCGAUCUACAUCUGUCAGAAUAACAAGUCAAACUGGCGCUAGACCUCGUGGGCGCUCUAGUGGAUCCAAGAAGCUACCUGAAGAAAUAGAAGUGGAACAGCAGCCUGAAGAAUACAAACCCCCGCCGCCCCCUGUUGAUCUCACCCCCAGGACACGGAAAGCCAAAGACACUCAAUAUCGACUUGGCGUUGGUAGACCAAUCAUUGCCGGAGGUAGCGGCGCUCGUGCUGUAACUAAAUCUGUUAGUGUCUCGAGAGGUAGCAAGAGGGCAAAAAGCAUGAAAAAUGUGAAGCCAUCAGAAUAUACCAUUGCUGAAGAGCCAGAGCCAGAGCCAGAACCAGAGCCAGAGCCAAUCCCGGCCGGAACAUCGUCAGAUCAAGCGGGGCCUGGCGGUACUUUGUUGAUAUCCCAGCCAAACUCCAUACCGCUACAGACGCAGACUGAAGGCAUAGCACAGUCUUCCUCCUCACAAAUAGUUGAGAGCGCAGUGGCUGUAGCUCUUGCUCCGGUACAGAAGGAAAUGGCGGAUCAGAAAGCUCAGUUGUCUGAGUUAAGAGACAAAGUUUCGGGCAUCAUCGAGACAUUCGAAACACAAAUUCGGGGCCUCACGGCGGAGAUUGAACGCCUGCGCGCGCAAGCAUCUGGACAUGCUGCUGAAACCGUAUUAAUUCAGAGACAGAAAGAGACUCCCCAACGAAUACCUAAUCCUCCGUCAACCCCUAAACGCGUGCGGAGUCCGGUCGACCCUCUCGGCGAUCCUUAUUUUGAGAAACCCGAGUCACCUGCGACUUCUAGCGAUUCUUCAAAUCCCAAUGGCCUACUCAGUCAACAACGAGAGACAGAUAAUCCAAAUCAUGCGGGGUCGCUUCUUCCUGGCUUUCACACCACUCUUGGGAAGCGCUCUCGGGAUUCUAAUGCCAGUACCGCUACUGCGUUUUUUGAGCUUGGACAAGAGGAAGCCCUUUCCGAAACCGAGAUUGCGAAGAGAAUUGCUCGCCCGGCUCAGAAGCGUGUUAAAUUAGGUUCCUCUGACAUCGCGGAGGAGGCUGGUGAUUCUGCGGGCCCGUCGUCAGGCGCACAGGACGCCGAUCCUGGACCAUCUCAACCCUCUGCUAGACCUAGUUUCUCGAUGUUUGGUGGACCUGAUUACGUAGAUCUGCCUCCACCCAUAGAAAGCCUUGUUGAUUUCUUCACGCCACCUUCACCACCGCUGAUGAGCGCACCCACAACUGUGGGAGAGCCUCCAAAUUUUUUCCGCUUUGGCUUUGUCCCUACAUCCACUCCAGCUCACGUUGCUUUCCCCCCGGCAAUGGGAACCUUCCCACAUCCAGAACCCCCGACAUCCCCAUCACCAACAAAUAACGUAGAUCGACCAGGCAGUCGUCAGUCAGAGCGCUUCGGAAUUUUCGGGCAUCACCGGGGUAGCUCUGGAACUACUGGCAGGAGUAGGUCAGGGGGGCCGACAGGUGUACAAGAGGGUGGCGUAAAUCCUAUUGGGUUGCAGAGGCAGCCGUCGAGCAAUGAGGUGGCUUCGGGCUUGGGAUUGACUAUAUUGCGCACGGCGGCGACGGAAAUGGGCACUCCAGUGCCUCCCGCACGCCGUACCAUGUACGGUACUGAGUUAGAAGGUGACACUCGGUUUGGUGAUUUUGGAGUCGAGGGGGUAGCGUCUGGCUUUUGGGCUGGAGGUCGACGCUAAAUGUUAUUGUUUCGGAUCUUCAUUUUCGCUCACUUGCCGUCGGUUUCGAAUAUCUACAUUGUCUCCUAAUAUACUUGAUCAUCAUUCGCACA